CUCCUUUAUCAGAGACUCUCAACAGUGUCGAGUUCUCAGUGAGUCGACUCACUGACCAGCGGACACCAUGAACCCUCCACCUCCAUCUCUCAGGCACCAUUCAUUCACUUUCCUCCCCCAAAACCCUAAUACUAACAUGUUGAACACGGUAACUCCAAACCCUGAUCUCACCAGCACCCUCUCUGCCCUCAAAGCCCUAAUCCACCAAUCCGAAGCCGCCGUAACCUCCCCCCACAACCUCCUCCACCAUUGCUCAGCCGCUCUCAGCCCGUGCCCCUUCGACCCACGCCACCGCAUGCCGCCGGAGUUCCUCUUCCGGCACCACCUCCGAUGCCCUUCAUCACAUUUUCCUCCUCUCGACCCCUCCAUUCUCCAAUCCCUUCGCUACCCCAGAACCCUCCAAUCCCAAAGCCCAAAUUCCUUUCUGCAACCCCUUCGUGACUCCAAUUCCGAACUCUGCUUCUCCCUGGACCAGUUCGGGGAUUUCGGAUCGAAUUUCUUCUACCGGGAUUGCCCUGGAGUGGUGGAGCUCGAUCGCCUUCAUAGGACUUUGACUCUUCCUGGAUUAUUAUCAGUUGAAUGUGCAAAUUUUGUUGGUGUUGGCGAUGAUGGAAGAAUUGGAGGGGCUUCUAGGGAGUGUGUUAGGCUUCUUCCAUCAGAGCUGUGGGAAUUUAGAAGGGAAAUUGGGCUGUGGAAUGAUUUCCCGAGUUCGUAUUCCUACGCUGUUCUUCGGGUGGUUUUGUGUGCGGAAAUGGUCAAAGAGGGUGAUUUCUUGAAGUGGGUGAUCGCAAAUUCGCCUUGGUAUGGUGUUGUGAUUGAUGUGGCUAUGAGGGACCAUAUAUUUGUGCUGUUUAGGCUUGUUUUGAAAGCAAUUGUAAGGGAAGCGAUUUCUUGGGAUGUGAAGGGGAAAGGUUUGGAGAUGAAUUCAAAAACUAUGAGUUUAGAGUGUCCCAAUUUGGUUCAAGCAAUGAUGUGGUUAGCUUCUCAAAUCUCUGUUUUGUAUGGUGAAGCGAAUGGGAAGUUCUUUGCUAUAAACAUGCUUAAGCAAUGCCUAUUCAAUGUGGCAUCAGGGUUGGUGUUGUUUGCAUUGGAGGAAAAUGUGAGUGUAUCCCCUGCUUCAAAACAAGUUUCUGGGAAUGUCGAUGCCGAUGUCAAUAAUAUCAGGAAUGCUAAACUUGAGCCACCUCAAAUGGGCACAGAGUAUGAUGAAAGGGCAAUUUUCGUGUCCCAAGUAGCAGCGGCAGUUGCAGCAUUGCAUGAAAGGUCCUUACUGGAACAAAAGAUCAAGAGUUUGCGACUUUCUCAGCCAAUUCCAAGAUAUCAGCUGAUGGCUGAGCAUGCUUGUUUGACAGCAAGAGCUGAUGAAGAACGUAAAAACAAUCCCAACUAUAAACCUAUACUCGAACAUGAUGGGCUUCUUUGGCAGCGAUCACGUAACCAGGAAUCGAGUAAGACUAGGACAAGAGAAGAGCUAUUGGCUGAAGAAAGGGAUUACAAACGCCGAAGAAUGUCAUAUCGUGGCAAGAAGUUGAAGCAAACAACAACAGAGGUGAUGAGGGAUAUAAUAGAAGAAUACAUGGAGGAAAUCAAGCAGGCUGGAGGGAUUGGAUGCUCUGUGAAAGGAGCUGAAGAGGGAAAUGUACCUCCAUCCAAACUACUUUCUUCUCAUGAUUCAUCAACAGACACUUAUGAGCUGGAAAAAAUUAUGCACACUUCAUCUGAAUCAAGAGGAGGCUCACAAGAUCUCAGGAAAGAAUUACCUUCUGAUUAUAAAGUCAGAUCUACAAGAUCUGAUGAUUCUUAUUCUGAUGAUCAUGAGCAGCAUAGAAGAGUAUCACAUGGGUAUGAUGGGAAUCUGGAAUAUCAUAAAAAAAGCUUCAGUAGGGAUAAACAUGAUAGGGAAUACAAUCCCAGAAGCUCAGAAAGGAACAGAAGUGAUGGGCGGUCACAUGAGCAGACUAGGCAUAGGAGCAAGCGAGGUGAUGCUGAAGUGACUAGGGUCAAGCAACAUGAACUAUCUUCCAGCAUGCCCAAAUAUCGAGAUAAUAGAGCAUUUUCAUCUGUAUCAAAACGUGUGAAUGAUUCCACCAUGGAAAGAGAUGAUAGAAGAUCAGAAGCUAAAGAUAGAUGGCAGAGGAAAUCAUAUGGAAACAAUUUAUCAGAAUCAAUGGUCCAAAACUCAUUUGAUGAUAGGUACGAUCCUUCAUCAUUUGAUGAUAUACUUGAGAAUGAUAUUUCCUCUUGAAGCAAGUGCGUCAAGCCAGACGAAUUAUAUAGAUGAAAUGGCAUUGCGAAUUUCAAUUACUGGCUGAAUGACUAACCAGCAAAAAGAACAUUAAACCCUCAGUAGUUCUUUCACAAUUUUGGUAAGAAGCAUUCAGGCUUCAGCAGUUUUAUCUACAUCUGUAUCCUUCUUUGUAUCCUCAACUGUUUUACUUUGUUUGUUCAUGCAAACUUUGUCAUCUUGUUAAUAGUUGUUUGUUCUUUUACUCCUUUCCACUCUUGGGAAAUCAUAACAAUAGACUUCAAUCAGCCUUUCUGAACAUGAAUAUCUCUCCCUUUAUUUUAACCAAGGAUUUAAAAAGUUGCUUGCACUUGCCUUGAGGCUUCUAAAAUUACAUAAUGGUUUUGUUAUCAUGAGGCAAGGCAUAGUGAAAGGUGCACCUCUUAUACCUUUUCUGGUGAACCUCAUUAAGCACUUGAUGUGACUCAAUCGCCAACUUUUUUUUCUUUUUAACUUUUAAGGUGAGCUGCUACUUUUUCUUUCAUUAUUUGGCUGCAUUUAAUAAUUUUGUGACCAUGUUGUUUUAUAUUUUUGUUGUAUCUAAGCAUUUUCUGCUUGUUGGUAUUGUCAUACAUAUUUUUCAAUGGAGACAUGUUGAUAGUUUUUCUUCAUGUAAAUAUGCUAUUAAUUGCUAGGAUCACAAUGGUUAGUUUCAUUAUUUAUUGCUGGAAAUUUGUUAGAAAGUGUAGAUAACACCUGCUGUAGCAACUGGACACCUGAUCUGGUCCCUUUUUGUUGAUGAGGCAAAUGGGCCAUGGCACAUGACCCACAGAGCUAGCCAACUCAUAAAUAGAAUGUGCCACAUUGAGUCAUGGAUGCCAUGUGGUAAAACCAAUACCAGACUAGAGGCUGACAGAGUGCAGGAUGACAGUGUGGGGUGAUGCAUAGGGGCUGAGGUACCACAUAGGAUGCAAGAGUAGGGGGGCACAACUGGUAAAGAAUGGGUCCAUUUGCAACUUUGUUCUGUUGUAAACAUUUAAGUAUUUGUCUCGAAGUUAUUGAAGGUCCAUGUACAUUAAGUUAAUCAAUGUAAAUAAGAAGAAAAAACACUUGAUUUAAUUUCAAUAAAAAUGCUUGGAAAAAUAAUGUCCGAGUAAAUUAAUUUCUCAUUUCCAGUUUUAGCUAAAGAACAAUUAAUCGGAUCAACCAACAAAAAUUUACCUUCUAACAAGGAUGGUUCAAGAUCUUUUUGUCCAUAAAUCUUCAUAAGGUUUACCAUCAUACAAACAUUAGACGCUUACAAAGAAUGCUUCAUGUUUGAAGCACUUUCUACGAAGAAAUCAAGGUUCUUAGUCUUUGCCACACUGGAUUCAUAGAAAGUUGACUAGGCAUGUUCCUAGAGGUACUUUAGUUUUCAUAGAUGGAGUCAAAUCUCUUGCCACCUGAGCCAGAAAAUUGGGCAUGUGUUUUAUGAAUCUUCAUUCCUUUUUCACUCUCCUGUUUGAACUCAUCAUUUCUUGAAUUCACUAUAUUGCCAUUGGUAAAGCAUGAGCUUGCAUUGGCCCCAUCAUUUUUUUACAUGCUUCUAGACACAGGAUGCAUGUGGUGCUCCAUGGCUUUGGUUGCAUGAUUUUAUCUCUUCGACCCAACUCAGUUGUAGUCAUGGUUGCCAAUUUGUACAAACUCAUGCUUGCCUAUGUCCCACACUCUUGUUGGAUUAUAACUGUUAUUUGGAAGUUUAUACAGCUUCCUACUCUCUGGGAUGUGUCGUUUCUCAUUCUUUUAUCUAUCUACCAAGCUCUGGUCAUAUUUCUUGGAUGCUGUCUGCAUUUAUCAGUGCUGCCUGUUGAAAAGUGGUUAUGUUUGUGUGUGCCCAGAGUCUUCCAAAAAUGUUAUAUUCAAUGGGUAGUUUUAUAUGGUCAAGGUUGCUUGUGCCUGAGAGCAAGUUGCCUCCUGGAUCCUUUAGUCAUACAUCCACACUAUGGCAUUCUUGUGCUCCUAGGUUUCAGCACAGGCGUCAGCCUUUAGACCUGAACCAUUUGCAGGUAGGGUUUCCUACCUUGAGGGAAUCGAACUUUGGCUUGGCCCUAAUUCCUAUGUGCUAUUAUUGUUUGGUACUUGUAUGAGGUCAAGGUUACCCCACUCCACUAAGCAGCACUUGUGGUGCCUACUCAGGCCUGUGGUAGGAUUCAGGGAGCCUAGAGUACCUUAGGGAUUGGGCCUAAUAUUCAUAGGUGAGCAGCCAUCAUAAAGUCUACCUUAAGAAAAUUUCUUGGAUGGUUUCAGGAUCCUUAAUGGCAGCUGUAGUAAGCAUGAUGGUAUUCCACACCUAUAGCAGGAGUGAGCAAACUUCUACUUUGGUGGAAUGAUGAGUGAAUUCUAUUGUGAUAUAUCAUAAUAUCUAUGGAUCAUAAAUUGGCCAAAUUUGGUGUCAACUCAAGUCAAACUACCAAAUGUCCAAAUUGAGUAUGACAUAUUUUGCAACUUAGUAGUGUUGAGGGUUCUUUGUCUUUCCCUUUUUUUUUUCCUCCCCAAUAAGAACAAGAACUUACUGUGGGAAGAGCAAAAACAAUGACAUUACUUAAAGCUCAUAGUCAAUAAUCAUCUUAAUACCUUCCAAUUUUAACAUUACUAACAAGGCAUCCCGUCCAUGAUCUCUAACAAGCAAUCCCCUAAAUGCAAAGUUGACUUGGGAUUCCCAAAGCUCAACCAUUAAAACUCUGCUUGAAGAUAUCAUGAGGAGUAGACUAAGGGCAAAUAGUAUCCUUUUUCCUCUGGUUUGGCAAGUAGCUUUCCAAUCCAAACAAUAAGAGACUCAGUGCAAUGCUGAGAUAUCUGUUGGUUGUCAACACCUAAAAGCAUGUGAAAAGUGAAUUUUGCCCAUAACUCUUCAAGGACCCAAUACUGUCCUAAAGAAUUCUUGCAUUUCAGUCCAACAAUUGCACCCAAAUAGCAAGGAUCACAUACACAUGACACCUCUUUUCCCUCCUGCAAAAACCCUCAAAUGAAAUGAUCAACAUGCUACUGAUAGCCUCAGGAGUUGCCCAAAGGAGUCCAGCGAAAGAGAAAACCUUAUGCAACAGCUCAUAAUCAAGAAGGUAAUGGAGAAAAAAUGGUCAACUGAUUGCCCACCAGCAAUGCACUGAACGCAUCCCUUAACUGAUAGUUUGUUAGGCCUUAGAAUUUUAAGCAAAUUAUUGGGAUUAACUUUUUGUUGUUAGCCUUGCCAAGGGUUUGACUGUUGGAGGAGCCUUUGACUUCCAAAUAAAUUUUGCAGAAGGGAAAAUGGUCAUGUUAUCACUCUUAGUGAGGAAGCUAAAGGAAGAGCUAGACGAGACAGUGUAUCUGGAUUCAAGAAUACUCAUUGUGAUGCAUGUCAUUGGGAUUGAACUUUUUGUGUCACACCAGACAUGCCAAGAGUUUGACUCUUUUUUUUUCCCCUCAGGGGAAGGGAGAUUUGAGAGGGAGGGGUAACUACUAGCCUGUCCAUUGGCCUGUUCUUGAAUUAUAUUGGAUAGUCACAGGGUCUCCAAAUAAACUUUGUAGAAUGGAAAUGGUUAUCACUCUUGGAGCUUAGAGAAAGAGCUAGAAGAAAAGAUGUCCAUUCUAUCUAGAUUCCAUGAAUGCAUGUUAAAGAGUGGAGAAAUUGGCACUUCAGCUUUGUCAUUAAACGGUACAUACCGAGUGGGGAGCAAAAAAACUUCUCAAUUGUCCUUAAUUGAGAUGAAGGAGAAGGACAGCUAGAAAGAAGCCCUAAGCUUUCAUUCUAUGAUCAUCUUGGAUGUACAGGGUAUUAAGCUUGCCUGGGGUUUUAGGCUGCCCUGGGUCCCUACACCAUCAGUGGUACUGUGGAUAGGUUUCAGGAGCCAAUAAUCACUAGAAAAUGAAACUGUAAUCCACUUUUGGGGAUGGAUCAGAAUGAAGAAUUACUCUUAUUUGUGCAACCAUUGCCAAUAUUCGUACUUUUAUCUCCUAGGUUCAGAAUCUCAGUGAAAGGUAGGUGUGGACUGUGUGGCCUUGGAAAGCCUUAGAGGAUUUUCAUUGGUGCAUACAUGACAGCAAGAAAGAACAUUUGGUACUCACUACAAAGAACUAAGUAGAAUUAGAGUUGCAACCUUGUAGCUAAGAUGAAGGCAGGUGACAAAAUGGUUAUGGUGAGUUGUUUGGGAAUUUCAAUCCGAAUGGCAUUAUAUUGUAGUGUUGAAGUAUGGAAAGAAUCCUAGUGAAUGGGACUGCGGCUUAUAACUUUACUCAUGGACCAUUUUCAGCAUAAGUGAACAACAAUGCUUUUCAUCUAUGUCUACUAAGCUUGAUCUACCUCAUUUGAUAUGGAAAAAGAAAAUACACAAAAUAUUGAAGUCUGACUAUUUGAAAUGCCAGUUUUGCUCCAAGGUAAGAAACCCAAUGGAAGUACUCAAAACUCAAGAAGGAUAGCAGUGAUGGAGGUAUGAUGAUCUGCUAUACCUUGCUUGUAAGACCAUAAAUAAUGUAACAUUUGUCACGUCCCUAGCUAUGUCUACAUAAUGACUGCAUGCCUAUGCUUUAUUGACGAUAUAUUGUCUACUAGUAAUACUUAUCAAAAUAAAAUUAUAUAUAUUGUCUACUAUUAAUAAUGAUUUUUAACUGUGCAUGGCACGGAUAUAAUAAAAAAGUAAAUGCAUUCUUGAACCGUUUGUGUUGGUUUUGGAAGCUGAAAUCUUCCCCUUUUUGAAUUUACAUCCUCUGUAAUCCUAAGACAUUUAUUGGUGUAUGGUAUAAGAGAUUCUUUUUCUGAUCUGAAUUCUCUUAUUCCUCAUCUUGGUGCUCGUAGAUUGCAACAACUUCUGCCACUUUUGCUCGAGAAACCAAGAAGCUGGUGGGUCUCCGGUCAUGCCAUGGCUUUGGUAUCUUCAUCUCUGCUCUCUGUCACAAUACAGAUGUAAGUAGGGCUUAAAUGGGCAAUAUUUAGCUUCUUCUCACAAAUUACACAAAUGGAGGAAACAGGCUUUCUUAUAUUUUCCAGGUAUGGGAACAAUGUUUUAGUGGAAUAAGUUGAUUAGAUUUUCUUAGUUAACAAAGAAUAGGUUCGUAUUUGUAGCAUUUUUCUCUUUCUGAUGAAGGUUGUUGGGGUAGGAAGAGAAUGAAACCAACCAACCUUCAACAAGUUUGAUCUUGCCUUUUUUUCAUUACUAAUCUCUACACACUAAACUCAGAAGAAAUCAUCUGAUUUUGAUGAAUUUUUGGCACUCUCUUGAGAAGCAACUUUGCUUGGUAAACCUUUUUACAUUGAGGGGAUGUUUGGAACCUUGAAGAUUGAUUUUAGGAAUGGACAUAGGAAUCAAAAGUUUAUUGUUGUGGAAUCCAAAUUCCAUUUUUACUUGGAUUUUUAUUUUUUAUUCCUCUUUUCUUCA